AUGUCAGCUGUGACCAACCAGCCUCUUCCUUUUGGUGGACUGGAGCGAGAGAAGCACAUCCACAUGAUCUUCAGGGCUUUCCAGAACCGCUGCGGGCCAUGUGAGUGCCAGACUCACUCACACGGACCCGGACACCACCGAACGGCUCCUGACUGGGAUCCUGACGAGCAGCUUUCAGUUCGGGCUCCUGAGAGGAAGACGGAGAACGGCUGCAUGCAGCCGUCAGCGAGAGGGAGCGGGCCAGUGAUGGAGGAGCAGAACCACGAAGGAUCAAACUUCAUGUCUGUGCUGGAAACAGUCAGUCAGAUUCAUAUUAGCGCUAGGCCUGAGCUACAAGGUCCACAGUGUGUCCCCAGGAGGAUCUACAGCAUCACCACAGAGGGCAGCCGGCCACAGUUGUUUGUGGCCGUGGAAGAGAGCUCAUGUGUGUGUCUCCAGUGUUGUGGUCCGGCCCGGGCCUGCACACUGAAGGGCUUCGACUGUCAGGGCCGCCAGGUCUUUUGUUUUGAAAGGCCCCUCAGGGCGGACGCCUGCUGCCUCGGCUGCUGCCUGAUGGAGAUGAGGGUCUACACCCCUCAAAAACAUCUCAUUGGCACUGUGAGCCAGAGGUGGAGCAUGUUCACCCCUCUCCUGGAAGUGUGUGAUUCAGAAGGAGCGACUACCGUCAGUGUGCAGGGCUCCUGCUGCCCGUCUCGCUGUUUAUCCAGCCAGCGAUUUCAGAUUGUCUCAAACAUUGGUGAGAAAAUUGGCACAAUAUGGAAGAAAUGGCCUGGCUUCAAUGACGAACGUAACAUGGACCAUGAAUAUUUUGGUUUGGAUGUGCCACCGGGUAUGGAAUCCCACAUUAAACUACUGCUGCUAGCAACCACUUUCCUGUUGAAUCACAUGUUCUUUGAGAUGAGCUGAUCAGCAAAAAAAAAAGGACAACAAUUAGUAGCAUUGAUGUAAACUACUGAGGCACUUCACCAGCCAGGUUUCACAAAAGAGUCUGGGGCCUGUGAACCAAGGAUCUGAUUUUUGAAAGGAAAGUGACAAUGAACCAGUUUUUAG